CACCUUGGGACACAUUGGCCCCCUCAUCAUGUCAUAGUCCGGCCCUCUGCAGAGCAAAUCAGCAUCGCAGUCGAAUCAUGUCAAGAUAAAAAGGGUGCUAUGAGUACUAAUAAAAUUUUAGGUACACGUAUAUCGCGUUAGUCCGUCCCUCUCAACAGUACGGUAUCAUAAAUGAGAGUUGUCCCUUUUGGUGUCAAGUGACUUCUCCCUUUCUCCUCUCCGGAGUCCUCCGCGCGCAAUUUUGAUGAGUCUAGAAGCCAUUUGGAAAGAAAAAGAAACGAAGUAUCCAACGAGUUCCCCUCACCGGUCUUAUUUGUGGCUUAAAAAAAAUACAGUGUCUGGAUUCCGACCUUAUUUUUCUGAUGGAGCACAUGACCGAUCGUUGGGGACCUUAGUGUGGGAUGAGAGGGCGGCGUUGUGAUAGCUGUCAAUGGCUUUAUGCAGCUUAGAGAUAGUGCGCAUUCAGAUAUUUGAGAAUUAUCGGUGUAAACGCCAUGUAUUCCAAAGUUUCAGUCGCAAUUGCCAAAAGGAAUGAGAUGGUCAACUGAAGCGAGAUGAGAGAUAUGCACGGAGAGUCAAGUCUUGUGAUGAGCGAUAUCACAACAGAUCUAGAUACAGUUGAGUGAACAUUGAAACACACGAACCAACAUAAAUAUUGACAGUAUAAUAUGGCGGUUUAGCCGACGAAAAAUCGUGACUCUUGUCAGGAACGGCGAGUCUAGGUUUGAGUUUCCCGGCGAUGAUGUUAUUCUGUGGCACCGAGGGGUCCUCUUGGAUCUUCGUUCAGGACCAUCUUACCUUCUCAAGCGUUUUUCCCAAGAAACCCAUGUAGAUGUGUGGCUAGUCUGCGAAAAAAAAACCCCCGCCGAUACCCACUUGUACCGCCGCUGUGAGAAGCUCCAGCACUGCGUUGCUCGAUGCUCACAGCGAUCACCGCUGGUUUGCCCCUCCACCCUAACAGCCCAGAGCCAGUAUUAAAUCUUUAAGAUCCCCAGGACAGUUGUCCUCUGUUUUUCUCUUUGCAAGAAUACCGAUCCUCCCGUGUGAAGUCCUCAUAUAUACCCUUUUUCAUAUCUUUACUCGUAUUUUUUUCUUUGUUUCCUCACAUAAUGGCUGGCUCUCCUCUCGACCAGAAUGCUGUCUUCGUACACGACAACAGUGUGCCUCCCGUGCACACCAGCCUGUUCGCUCUCUUCUCGUUGAAGGGAAAGACUGCUAUUGUCACCGGCGGUGGUGCCGGUAUCGGUCUUGCUGUCGCCCAGGGUCUCGCUGAAGCCGGUGCCGAUAUUGCCUUGUUCUACAACACAAACGAGAAGGCACCAGAGCGUGCUGCCGAGAUUGAGAAGAAGUACGGCGUUAAGGCCAAGGCAUAUCAAGCCGAUCUCCGUGACCAGAAGAAGGCCGAAGCCACCAUUAACGAGGCUGUCAAGGACUUUGGUCGCCUUGACGUUUUCAUCGCUAACGCCGGUAUCCCAUGGACCCAGGGUGCCACUGUUGACGGCCCCAUUCAGCACUACCUCGAUGUUGUUCAGACCGACCUCGACGCUACCUGGUACUGCGCUCGUGCUGCUGCCGCUCACUGGCGACGACAGAAGGAGGAGGGUACUGACGUGAACGGCAAUAAGCUUGAGAACUUCACCUACGGAAGCUUUGUUGCUACGGCCUCCAUGAGCGGUCAUAUUGUCAACAUUCCUCAACUCCAGGCUCCUUAUAACGCCGCUAAGGCCGGUGUCCGCCACCUUGGUAAGCACAUCUGCUCUGUGUUUUGCAGCACACGAUUAUCCUUUUCCGCUGACAGCCAACAUAGUCAAGUCCCUUGCCGUUGAGUGGCCCAAGUUCGCCCGUGCCAACACCAUCUCUCCUGGUUACAUUGCCACUGAGAUCUCCAAUUUCAUACCCAAGGAGACACACGAUCUCUGGAAGUCCAAGAUCCCUAUGGGUCGCGAGGGUAUGCCCGAAGAACUCAAGGGUGCUUUCUUGUACCUCGCCAGCGAUGCUUCUAGCUACACUACUGGAACCGAUAUCAUCGUCGACGGUGGCUACUGCGCGCCAUAAAUUCAUAAGAUCCAUAGAUAUAGAGCGAGUCCGACACGAUUCGAAAAGUGACGUGUUUUUGCAUAGAUUUAUCAAGGUUGAUUUUGGUUUAUCUUGAUGACAUCAAAGGAUUUCUCUUGCGAUUGACGAGAUUAUGCGAUUUUGUUUUGUUGUUCUUGGUGACGAUUGCUUGAACAAUAGACUUUCAGUAUAUAGAUUGAAUCGGCUCCUUCAAGACCGGAAAAAAAAUCAAGUAUAUGUUGACCUGA